AUGGCUGACGCCGCUAAUCCCCCGAUCGAGGAAGUCGUACCGACAGUUUGGAACCGCGACUUUGAAAAAAUCUCAGAAGGCUUGUGCCCCAGUCUCGCCAGAUGGGAUCGCGCGCCCCAGAGAUUCGUCACCUUCAGUCCAGACCAGCAGAGUUACUUUGGCAUCAGUCCUACCCCAGGCAAGGAUGCCAUCGACACGCUCCCCGCGCUUGCCUGGGGCAAAGGAGACGAGUUCGUUCUGGACUUUGGGGUCCACAUGGUUGGCUUCCUCUCGUUUAAGCUGGCUUGCGUGGGAACCAACAUGGAUGCCCCAUGCAGGCUGCGUCUGACCUUUGGAGAAUCUCCACUGGACGUUACCAUGCCCAUGGACGAUGUCAAGACGUGGAUCAGCACGGCUUGGCUUCCGGACGAAGUGAUCAACAUCGACAUGUGUCCCGAGACUGUGGUUCUGCCAAGACGGUACUCAUUCCGCUUCCUACGCGUCCAAGUCAUCGACACAUCUCCCAAAUUCAAAGUCUCCUUUUCCAACGUUAAUUGCGAGUGCGUCAGCGCCAUUGGCCAAGACCACGAGCUGGACGCUAUCGAGUUCGAGAACCCACUGCUGCGGGACAUCGAUCACUGCAGCAUCUCCACUCUCAGGGACUGCAUGCAGACCGUCUUCGAGGACGGACCUCGCCGAGACCGUCGCCUGUGGAGCGGCGAUCUGAGGCUCCAGGCCCUCGCUAACUAUAGCACGCUUCGAGACUUUGGUCUCGUCAAACGCUGCAUCUUCCAGUUCGCCGCCGUGAUUCGUUCCGACGGCUCGCUGCCGGCUUGCAUUUUCGAAAAGCCGAAGCUGGCGCCCUCGACUGAUUACAUUGUCGACUACGAUGCCCUGUUUGGGGCCAUUGUUCUGGACUACGUUGUUGAGUCAGGAGAUGUUGCCGCCGGGCAAGCUCUGUGGCCCACAAUGUUGACUUGUACGAAGCGUUCGUUGUUACACAUCAAUCCUGAGACGCACGUCUUCGAGACAGAACGUACGGAGCUUUGGAAGUUUUUAGACUGGGCUCCCACUUUGGAUCGUAAUGCCGGGUCCCACGGUGUCCUGUUGUACUGCUUAAAAGCAAUCAACAAGUUAGCUGCAGCGUUGGACAAGGAGCCUCCACACUUGGAGAUGGUAGACAAGAUGACAGCUGCAGCUACGUACUUUAUCACCAAGGAUAACCUCUUUACUUCUGGGCCUGAUUCUCAGAUCAGCUAUGCCUCUGCAGCCUGGCUCGUCUUGGCAGAGGCUUUCCCAGAAGAGACUGCCCGAACAGCAAUGCUCAACACAAUCGCCCACCCAGACGCGGUGAAGCCCCUGACUCCAUACCUAUGGCACCACGUUUGCGACGCCUUGGUAACGGUGGGAUGCUUCGAAAAGUGCUUAGAGAUUAUCAACAACUACUGGGGCGGCAUGAUCCGGGCUGGAGCAGACACGUUCUGGGAGUGCUACGACCCGGAGGAUCCUCGCGCGAGCCCGUACGGCGAUGUCAGGAACAACAGCUUUUGCCACGCCUGGAGCUGCACGCCGACGUAUCUGCUCCGCGGCAAGCUCCUCGAUGCUGUAAAUGGCAAGGUGGCAGGCAAAAUCACAAUGGGCCAGCUGGACGACAAAUGGAUUCAGCGGAGUGUCAACUAG